GUGAAGGCGGCCUUGUGACGUCGCCGCUGCCUUUCUCCGCCUAGCCUAAAUGGCGAUUGCAACAGAUCCGCAGAGCUCGGGGAGCGGAUCGCACUCAGAUAUUGUCUGAGUUUGAUUAAAACUACAGCCUGCCUAAUGCAACAAAUAAGGACCGUUAUAUCCAAGUAAAAUGGAGGAUAGUUUUGAUUGCGACUGUGGCGAGCUUGAGCCACCUGAUCACUGAGGCUGAAAAUUUACUUUAAAGACUUAAAGGCCAGACUCAUUUCAAUUUUAUAGACCAGGUGUCGUGACGGGAGAAGUAUACAGACAGAUAUAUAAAUAUAGAUAUAUAUAUAAAUACAUACAUAUAUUUAAAACGAAAUAGUGCAUUUAGGCAUAUUUCAUAUGAAGCUGCUCAGGACCAGUCAUACACUGAAUGUAUCUGCACUGUGAGGAUGCAACUACAUGCUUUUAUAGUUUAACAUCGUGCCAGUGCUCUUUAAUUGGCCUCCAAGUCCAUUCCAUGUGCAGUCUACAAACACUAGUUUACUUAGAGCUGUUCAUUUAAAGAUAUCCAUACAUUUGGGAUUGGAGGAUGGAUUCAACUUUUAAAUUUUCUCUCCUUACUCAAAAUGGAAAGAAAGUUUCCAUUUUGUGAACAAAUUCGAGCCCCGCAUCUGAGAGUGACUGCUUGACAGGGUGACUUGGUAGUCGUCUGUACAGGGGUCAGCCGAACCUUUGACGCAGAGGGGGAAUUGGCAGAACAAGUCCUCUGUUAGUGUGAAAACUGAGCUUGAAAGAGGCCGGAGAACUAACAUUAGAGAUAGCAGAAGUUUGGUGAAGGAGCACCCCCCCACCCCCACCCCCCAAAAAAACCGUCAUCAUGGCAGAGAAGUUUGAGUCACUGAUGAACAUCCAUGGCUUUGACCUGGGUUCUCGCUACAUGGACUUGAAGCCUCUGGGCUACGGAGGGAAUGGUCUCGUGUUCUCAGCGGUUGACACCGACUGCGACAAGCGUGUAGCUGUGAAGAAAAUCAUCUUGACCGACCCCCAGAGCGUCAAGCAUGCCCUCCGGGAAAUCAAGAUUAUCAGACGCCUUGACCAUGACAACAUUGUCAAGGUGUUUGAGACAUUGGGCCCCAGCGGUCGCAGGCUAACAGAGGAUGUGGUGUCUCUGACGGAGGUCAACUCUGUUUACAUUGUGCAAGAGUACAUGGAGACUGACUUGUGUCAGCUGCUGGAAAGGGGCCUUCUCUCUGAGGAUCAUGCCCGCCUCUUCAUGUACCAGCUCCUCAGGGGCCUUAAAUACAUCCACUCUGCCAAUGUGCUGCACCGUGACCUCAAGCCUGCCAACCUGUUUGUCAACACAGAGGACCUGGUACUUAAAAUCGGGGACUUUGGACUGGCGCGCAUUAUGGACCCUCACUACUCUCACAAGGGCCAUCUCUCUGAAGGUCUCGUCACAAAGUGGUACAGAUCUCCUCGCCUGCUGCUCUCUCCUAACAACUACACCAAAGCCAUCGACAUGUGGGCCGCUGGCUGCAUCUUUGCUGAGAUGCUCACAGGGAAAACCCUGUUUGCAGGAGCCCAUGAACUGGAGCAGAUGCAGCUGAUCCUGGAGUCCAUCCCUGUACUACGAGAUGAAGACCGCCAGGAGCUCCAUAGUGUAAUUCCCGUCUUCAUUCGCAAUGACAUGACCAAGCCUCACACACCAUUGGCCAAGCUGCUGCCUGAUGUCAGUCCACAGGCCCUUGAUUUCCUGGAGAAGAUCCUGACUUUUAACCCCAUGGAUCGUCUGACUGCGGAAGAGGCCCUGGCCCACCCCUAUAUGGCUGACUACUCUUUCCCCCUGGAUGAGCCUGUCUCUCUGCACCCCUUUCACAUUGAGGAUGAGGUAGAUGAUAUCCUGCUCAUGGACCAGAGCCACAGCCACACCUGGGACAGGUAUCAUGAGAGCCAGUUCUCGGAGGCUGACUGGCACUUGCACAGCACCCAUGACCCAGAUGAAGUUCAGGUCGACCCAAGAGCACUCUCCGAUGUAACAGACGAGGAGGUGGUCCAGGUGGAUCCUCGUAAAUAUGCCGACGGAGAUCGGGAGAAGUUCCUGGAUGAGCCGUCCUUUGACUACUCAUCCCUGUUCCCACCGGAGCGAUCUUGGCAGGAUGACCACCAUGAGAACAAAUACUGUGACUUGCAGUGCAGCCACACCUGUAACUACAAGGCUGUGUCGCCCUCCUACCUGGACAACCUCAUCUGGAGAGACAGUGAAGUCAACCACUACUAUGAACCCAAGCUCAUCAUCGAUCUCUCCAACUGGAAGGAGCAGCAGAGCAAGGAGAAGGCAGACCGGAAGUCCAAGAGCAAGUGUGAGAAAAAUGGGCUGGUGAAGGCUCAGAUCGCAUUGCAGGAGGCAGAGAAGAGCCCUGUAGAGAAGGACAAAGUGCAAGAGAAACACCAAACAGAAAAGCCUCAGAGUCAACAGAACCAAGGCUUUGACUUUGACUCCUUCAUUGCCAGCACCAUUAAACUGAGCCUGCAGCCAGAGCCCUGUCAGGACGUGGCACUGCUCCAUGAUGUGGGGCUCCUGAAUGAGGUGGGCCUCCUGAAUGAGCUCAACUUUUCUGUGUCCCAGCUGGAGGCUCCUCGCUCAACCUCCAUGUCCAAGUCCAUAAGUCAGGAGAAGGAGGAGAAGUGCCUGGUAAACCUCGCCCAGUUAGGUGGUGGAGGGUUGGGAGUGGUCAGCGGGGACUGCGUUUGGCCUGCUCGCCCCUGGGAGAGCUCUGGGGAGACAGUCGGGGAGAACGGCAUUUUGAUAGACGAAGCAUGCUGGGACAUUGGCAAAGAGGACCACUUCCAGAAGGGGAGCCCUUACACCAGCUACCUGGACCACCUGUUCAGCCGAAGGGAAGAGGGAGUCUCCGAGCCCGCGACCACUCCAGCGAUGGGUUCCCCAGUGGUGAGAGAGCUAGAUGAGAGCUUCCUCGACAGAAGCACGGAGAUUGUGCUCAAUAUGCAGCUGGACUCUCUGGCCCUUCCUGGCUUUGACAGCACUGAUGACUUGCCUCUAAAAUCCAUCCAGGCGUCCCUCACCCCCUGCGCAGUUAAAUGCUCCCCACAAAUUGCCCACAACACAUACAGCAGCAUCUUUAAACAUCUUAAUUAAAGAAAUGUAUAUCUUCCUCGCCGUGCAGAAUCUAGGCAGUUUUGUUUUUAUGUUUUUUUUUAAUGAUAUGGUAUACUGUACUUGAAUCAUUUCAUACUUUUUUUUGUUUUUUUUUUGUACUAUGGUUACUUUUUUUUUUUUUUUUUUUUUUUUUAAGUGUCGGAAGGGGUGAUUUAUUUAAAGAGUUUUGGUCAUCACUCUGAGCCUUGAUCACCAGGCCUUCAUGGGUUCAUGUCUACGCCCUCAUUGCUAUACUGGCAUGUCACUCGCACAUUUAAGUACUGUAGUUGAAAGGAGAGCAGAGGAGAAGUAGCUAGAAGAAAGAUGGUGAGGAAGAGAGGAUUUAAGCGAUGAAGUUUGGCCAUUUUGGCCAUAAGGUGACACAAGGAAGUAUGGUAGACGCUAACAUUGCUGUGGGCUUUUAAAGUGCUCUCAAACAGCCUUUCCUGGGAUGUCUUCUUUUUCUUUAUAUAUAUAUAUAUAUAUAUAUAUCUAUUUUUUUGUUUGUGUGAUUGUUUGUUUUUGUUUUUUUUUAUACAUAUUUUCAAAAUUUUUUUUAACCUUAUGACAUUUUUCCCCAAAGAAAGCUUCCUUGAAAACCCUUUCAUACUGUAAAUCUGACACAUGAUGCCAGCAGCAACCAUUAUCGUAGGCGUUAAUGUAAAUGUGUUAUCUACCUCAAGGUAACAGCCGCGAGAGACACUCGAAGCCGCACUAGUGCUUUACACACAUGACCAUCCUCAUACCAUGAAAUGAAGUGGUCGCGUAGGUGAAAUCUGUCUCACUUUAGCAUUUAACAUAGUAAGGUGUUUCAGUAAUCAUUUAUUUAUUUCUAGCAAAUGUGCGCUAUUUAUUUUAUCAAAAUGUGUUAUUUCAAUGUGAUUAUUGAAGAUUGAGGAGUUGGACAGACUUCCAUUUUCAUUUUGGCACUAUAUGGGCGUGAAGGUGUUCUUUUGUUUUAAGGUAGGAUGCAUAUUCAUGUGUUCUGUUGAAGUUGAGGCUUUCCAUUUUCCAUCAAUAUUGUUCUAAAGGAUAUCAUUCUUAUUUUUUAUUUUUUUAAAUGGGUGUGUUCUGUCUUUAGUGGAAAACAAAAUCUUUUUAUGGUUUAAAGAAGCACCCAAGAGUCUUAAUUUUUUUUUAUCCAAAUGUAAAAAAUUGCAUGGAGGCAAGAGAAAGGUACAUUAAAAGUACAGUUAAUGGUGAGUAUAAUAUAUGUCAGUUUUAAUUGUACUUUUUUUUGUUUGUUUGUUACAUUUCUAUGUACUUUUUCCAGGCAAGCAUGAUGAAAUUAGGUUAAGGUGUAGCAUGUAGAACACUUAUGGACUUUUUUUGUAAUCAUUGGUUCCCCUGUUCUACAAAAUAUCUCAAUAAAAUUUACU